CGUUUUCCCCAAUUGAUGAAGCAACAAUCGGAAGAGCUGGCGGGGGAAACUAGGAAUGAACACGAGGUAGCCUGGCGCGGCCACUGGUAGAUAGAUAGAUCGAACAUCUCUCUGUCUCUUUCAAUUCCCAAAGCUUCUCUGUUCUUUUGCUAUCUUCUUCUCGUCCUUUUUCUCACCUGCAACUAACAAACAAGCAGCCGAUAAGAGUCAUUAUAUAUAGCACCACCCCCACCAUUCGUCAAAGCUGAAAAAGUGAAACCAUCGUGGAAUUUACACACUCACUUCCUUCUUACUGCAGCUACCCAGUGCUCCGAAUCCGAUAACCCAAAGAUUCCCCAAGCUUCGGGAAAUUGUCCGCCAUGGCUGCCCUGCCGCAGGAUCACCGGCAGCCCCUGAUCGCCGGCGAGGAGCCGGACGAGCGGGAAGAGACGGCAUACGAUUCCUCCGAGAAAAUCCACAUAGUCGGGGUUGAUUCCGACUCCGACGCGUCCGAUUUCGCACGGCCCUUCUCCUGGAGGAAGCUCUGGCUCUUCACUGGGCCUGGGUUCCUGAUGUCCAUCGCGUUUCUUGAUCCGGGGAAUUUGGAAGGCGAUCUUCAGUCCGGUGCGAUUGCUGGGUACUCCUUGCUCUGGCUGCUUAUGUGGGCGACCGCGGUUGGGCUGCUCAUUCAGAUGCUCUCGGCUCGGCUCGGCGUGGCAACCGGCAGGCAUUUGGCCGAGCUCUGCCGGACGGAGUACCCGACUUGGGCUCGGAUGCUGCUCUGGAUUAUGGCUGAGUUGGCUCUCAUAGGAGCUGAUAUUCAGGAGGUUAUUGGGAGUGCUAUUGCGAUUAAGAUUCUGAGUAAUGGGUAUUUGCCCUUGUGGGCUGGCGUUGUCAUCACCGCUCUCGAUUGUUUCGUGUUCCUGUUUCUCGAGAACUAUGGUGUGAGGAAAUUGGAAGCGUUCUUCGCAUUUCUGAUCGCUGUAAUGGCAAUUUCUUUUGCUUGGAUGUUUGGUGACACGAAACCGAAUGGAACUGAACUUCUUUUGGGUAUCUUGAUUCCUAAGCUCAGCUCAAAAACCAUAAAACAAGCCGUUGGAGUUGUGGGUUGCAUCAUCAUGCCCCACAACGUGUUCUUGCAUUCUGCUCUAGUACAAUCCAGGGAUGUUGAUCGAACCAAGAAGGGUCGUGUCGACGAAGCUCUUCGAUACUAUGGAAUCGAGUCAGCUGUUGCACUAGCUGUAUCGUUUUUCAUCAAUUUAUGUGUCACUGCUGUUUUUGCAAAGGCGUUCUAUGGCACUGAAGUAGCCAAUAGCAUUGGCCUUGUAAAUGCAGGGCAGCUUCUUCAAGAGAAAUAUGGGGGUGGCGUCCUCCCAAUUCUGUACAUAUGGGGUAUUGGAUUGUUGGCCGCAGGCCAGAGUAGCACAAUCACUGGCACUUAUGCCGGCCAGUUUAUAAUGGGAGGUUUCCUGAACUUGAGAUUGAAGAAAUGGGUUAGGGCAAUGAUCACUCGGAGCUGCGCCAUCAUCCCAACUAUAAUUGUUGCACUUAUCUUUGAUUCCUCUGAAGACUCCCUGGAUAAAUUGAAUGAGUGGCUGAAUGUGCUUCAGUCAGUUCAGAUUCCUUUUGCACUUAUACCUCUUUUAUGUUUGGUCUCCAAGGAACAGAUCAUGGGCACUUUUCGGAUCGGUCCCUUUCUUAAGACAAUUUCAUGGGUUGUGGCUGUACUGGUGAUGCUGAUCAAUGGCUACCUAUUGUUGGACUUCUUCAAGAAUGUGGUAGAUGGAGUGAUAGUUGCAAUACUGGUUUGCGCAUUCACAGUUGGAUAUGUAUCAUUCAUACUCUACCUUGUGUCCCGAAACUUUACGUUUGCGCCAUGGAGCCGGCAGUCCAAGCACAUAGACCUGAAUUGAGUGAAAAAGAAGGCCACCUAUUGCCAGAUAUGUAAGGCAUGAAUCAUGUUGUAUUCUACUAACCACAUAAAUGCAAAGGUCAGCUGCCUGCUGCCUCCCGGGCUUCAUACAGUUAUGAUCUUCAAAGUCUCUUCAUGUGCAUAAGCUUCUCUGGGUAGCAUUUAAUUUAGCAGCACCUGUAUGGCUUCUUCUGCAUAUGCCUUCUACACAAAGGGUCAAGGAAGAUAUUGAAGAUCUAUGAAGCGACGAAAUGGAUUCUGAAUCCAUCACCUGUACUUUGCAAACUAGUUAUUAGCUUUGAAGUCCAGAUUGCCUGAUCAUUGUGUAAUGAAUUGAAUCUUCAAUGCAAUUGGCUUUUCUAGUCGAGGAUAAUAAUUUUCCUUCAUUUUAUCGACCAUUGUGUUACAAUUCAUAUGUAUAUUAACAUUAUAGAAGUGAAAAUUAUAAAUAACACAUCAACAAUACUUCAAGAAAUAAUAAAAGAGAACACUUUGU